UCGCCGCGUCGCGUUGCGAUGCUCGUCAGUUUGAGUGGAUCACGGUCACGCAACGCUGCUGCUGCUGUCGCGUCUUUUUCACACACAAACCUGUCUGCUGUGGGAUUAAUGUACACGCGUGUCUCUCUCUCUCUAUGUGUGGGAAUAUAUCGCGUGUCUCUCUGGGAAUAUAUCGCGUGUCUAUGACUGCAGGUCUGAUUUCCUGACCCACACGUUUUGAUGGAUCUCCGUUGACCCGUCUGCUUACGUCCAGCAGCGAUGCGGCAGUAAAGUCCGGCCAGACGGGAAGUCAGGGGUCUACGUUAAAAUGUCUGCGUGUGCCGAGUUUGCAGAGCACGUGUGGAAACCAGGAUCCUGUAAGAACUGCUUUUACCCUCGCAGUGCCCACGGGCAGACCGGCACGACCUGUGUCAGAAACAGUCUGCUCGGGGAAGACGAGGAUGGGUUGAGCUCUCCGUCACCUUACAGCAAACCCACCAUCGCCGUCAGACCCACCAUGAUGAACAUGGACGUCACCACCACGGACAUCAACAUGAACAUGGAGCAGGCCGGUCAGAUCAGCUCUGUGGGACUGAAGAAAGAUGUGCAUUCAGCUCCUCUGUACAUUGAUAGUAACGGAUGCCACAGAACUUUGUUACUCCAGAACAACAUCUCUGGGAAGAAGGAAUAUUCCAGCAACUUCUCCUCAAACCUUUCACCCACAGGUUUCUCCAGAGACUGCAUGAUUAUCAGUAACGUAUUUGUUGGUCAAGAAGAUGGCAGUUUGAGAGGGAACGGUGACCUCUGCAGACCGCAAACCAAAACAAUCCACAGCACUUAUGAAAAUGGAGAUCCACGUCUUCACACCGCGACCCAAAGAAACCUGUCGACAGAAAGCAGUGAUGGAGUUCAUCUCAGGUCAUCUGUGGAGGAGAGACGAGCACCUCUGGGAAUCGUUGUGGAUGCUGAAACCACACCGGGGAACGGACUCAACAAAACCUCUCAACAGAUACAGAGUACCUCAUCAUCUCCUGCAAGAACUCCAGACUCUCGUCGUGAAAGCCUGUCGGAUCUUUGCUCCAGUCGAAGCAGCGUGGAUUCAUUAACUGGACUCCCGAGCCCUCAGAACUCUCCGGGUUCUGGAAGCACUCUACCGAACGGACUCGGUGAAAGUGAGCCCAUCUAUGCCGAGAGCACCAAGAGGAAGCGACGACCACCGGAAGAUGAAAAGACUCGACGGUCUCCAUUGGAGAUCUGUGAAAAUCAGAGGGCAACUAUCACGGUCAUGGCCGCUCACACAGAAGAAAACAACUGCACGUUUUACUUGAGUAGCCCGGAUUCUGCUGUGAGCACUCAGUGGACACAUUUCAGUCUCACUCCACCUAAAGAUCCAUCCGAUCCCACCUUCACAUGGCCAAAUACUGCUGACAUCACAGAUACGAGCUCCACCCCUUCUUCCCAACCAAAGUCACAGUCUAGUCCCGCAGUGCCACCUAAGAUCAACACGCGUUCACCCAGACUUGGUACCUCCAGUCUCUCGUUACCCGAGCUUAGUUUCCAUGCGGUUCUGCCCCCGAAAGAGAUCUCCUCCCAGGGAGACGCCCACCUGGAGCGGAAACCAAAGUCCCUCAGCAGCAGGAGUCUGGAGGGUCGUAUCGAUGAGGUAGACGAGGAGGUUGAGCCUGAAGAAAGGACGUCUCAGAGAACAGAGUCUGGCGGUAGAUCGGGCGACUCCGUCAAUGGCCCUGCUGUUUGGGAGCGUCGCUCCAGAGAAUGGAGCUCUGCGGAGACGAGCGAGGGCAGGACGACACCAGGCACUGAUAACAACAAAAGCUCUAGUCAGAAACAGACUGGCAUCCCAGCGGAUGAUCCCAAAGCCAACGAGACUGCGCUGACCCCAGUCGUGUCAACAUCGUCUUCUCUCGUCCUCUCCAAAGAGCUCAACGCUGAAAGAUCAACCGGUCGAGAUCCUGAGCCUCCUCCACCUCCUCCAAAAAAACACCACCGGUUGUGUAAUCGUUUGAGUGGCAGUAAUAUGGAUGUUGAGCGUCUCAGUCAGCCGGGUUCAGUGGAGAAUCUGAAUGAAUCACUGCGAGCUCUUCACUGCUGUCCUAAUACAUCUACAGACAGUCUACAUGUGCUGACAGACACAGACUCCACUCUUCGUUCUUGCUCCUCCCCUUUUCCCAGCAGCCCAUUGGCCUCUGCUCCAGCAUCACCACAGCCUGAUGUGUUUCACAGCAACAGUCUCAUUCAUCAGCUCCAGCCUCCUCCAUUACCGCAGAAGAAGCUGGUGAACCGCACCGCCUCGGCUCCCAGCCAAUCCGGAGUCAAACCGCUGGUGCGCGCCCGGCCACGCCUCCCGUUCGGCGGCUCGGAAACUAACGUGAGUGACCCGGAUGCCGACGGCCGCCCGUCCGGUCCCCUGCGUUCAUCCGGCGAGUCUCCUGAGCGUCGGCCGCCCCUGCGCUCUCGGACCCUGGACGAUCCUCAGUUCAGAGGUCAGGGACGACUGGGGAUUCACGGUCGAGGGAGUGUCGCAUCCAGCUCAUCGCCGCAGCUCAACUCGCUGCUGUCGCAGGCGCCCGGCGGAACACCGGUUACGGGGUCGACCCUGCAGCUUCAGACGCUCCUGAAUAACAUGGACGGCCGAGAGGGGAUCUACUCCAAACUGGGCGGCCUGUACGCGGAGUCGUUGCGGCGUCUGGCGUUAAAGUGCGAGGAACAUUUCACCAGCAGUCAGAGGAAUCCGCUCCGAUUCGACGAGAGCAACUGGUCCCUCUUUAAACUGACCUGUAACAAACCCAGCUGUCUGUCUGGAGACGCUGUUUACUACUCAGCCUCCUGUGCUUCAGACCCUCGUAACACAUACGCUGUGAAGAUCUGUAAAGGUCAGACGUCUGACAGUAGACAGGCUCAUCUCUACGGUCUGUCCGUUCAGCAGAACAUCCCUCCUCACUUUAAUCUGCAGCAGGAAUGCGGACAUUUCAUCGCAUGCGUGCCACAGAGCAUGUUACCCAGCGAGGAAAGUCCGUCGGGGACCCCGGGACCGAGCGAGCAGGAGCGGGUGGUGGUGAUCACGCGAGAGGUUCCCCAUCAGAGCGCCGCGGAUUUCGUCAAAGAGUGGGAAUCUUUCCACCGGGCGCAGCCGGAGGUUUACGAGCGCCGCGUUUGUUUCCUGCUGUUGCAGUUGUGCACGGGGUUGGAGCACGUCAAAGCGCACGGCGUCACCCACAGAGACCUCUGCCUGGAAAAUCUGCUCCUGGUGCAGCACCGGCGCUCCGCAGACGGUUCACGUCCCGACCCGCAGCAGCAGUGCCUGCCGCGGCUCCUCAUCGGCGGUUUCGCUAAAGCCAAGCAGCGCAGCUCGGACGACGCCGCGGUCCGCUCCGACCCUCGACUCAAACGGGACCGAGCCCGUCUGGCGCCCGAGAUCGUCUCUGCCGCCCAGUACAGGAAAUUUGACGAGUUUCAGACCGGCAUUCUGAUAUACGAGCUUCUGCAUCAGCGCAACCCGUUCGAGGUGACGCCCGCGCUGCGACAGCAGGAGUACAAAUGCGAAGAUUUACCGUCCGUCCCGGGCGCCUCCAUUUACUCGGGUGGGCUUCAGAGACUCGCUCAUCUGCUGCUGGAGCCGGACCCCGGCAGACGGAUCCACGUCCAGGACGCCAAACGCGUCCUGCAGAGCUUGUUGUGGGGUCCGCGUCGAGAUCUGUUGGAGCAGCCGUGGCUGUACGGAGGAGGAUCGCAGCGCGGAGUGGAUCAGCCCAGACACGAGGCUCUGUUAAACUGGCUGGACGUGAAGCGAGCGCUCCUCAUGAUGAAAUUUGCUGAACGAUCGCUGGAGCCCGAGCGUAACGCCGAGCUGGAGGACUGGCUGUGCUGUCAGUAUUUCUCUACGGCCAAUCCAAAAUCACUGUGUCAAACGGCCGAACUGCUGUACAAUCUCAAGUUCUUGCACUGAAGUGCGUCUGCGUGUGUGCGCGUGUGAAUGUUACGAACAAUAAAAACAAAGAAAACCCUGCCGGUAAACGCAUGAUGUCCGUUACUUCAUGAAUCUUAAAUUAUACUUAUUAGAGACGUGUUUGAUUUACAGACGUCUGGAUCAAUAAAGUGUCUGAUCUGAAUGCUCAAGCGCAUCUUCAGAGGAUGAAAACAAAGAAAGGAUUAAUUCAAAACUUUAAGACUUUACAGAUCAGUAUGAAAAGUGUUUGACUUCAUGUUUGUGUCUGUAUCACUGUAAGAUGGAGAGUUUGUUUUUACAUUCCACUGCUUGAUUUUUUAAGAUGAAGUGAAGAUGAUUUCUCUUUCAUCUCUGUGUUCUUUGCUUUCUGGGUAAAUCUCAUGAAGAUAAGUUCAGUUCAGAUUUCACCUAAAAAUCUGUUUUAAAGACGUGAGGUGUACAUGUGUCUCAAAACAGGUUUAUAUAGGCAAACAUAUAAAUAAGCAUUUAUGUGUUUAUUUAUGUCACAAUGCUAAAAGAUAAUUUCUCAAACUUCUCAUGAUGUUUGUGAUUAAAUCUGAUCUGGACUGUUUUUUGGUGAGAUUGCUUCAGUAGCAGUUACAGUAUUUGAUGUUUGUGUUGUAAUACUGUACAGAUAUCAGCACUGUGAUGACAGCGUCUGUUUUCUCUUAACUUAUAUUCAUCACUAACUGCUUGUGCUGUAUUCACGUGAAAUGACCGUCCUCAGGGCAUCUGUGACCGUUUGAAGAGGUGCUUGAUCAAAUCUGACCUUUCAUCUUCAUCUCAUAGAUUUGAGUUUCUGCAGCUGAUGCAUGUGUGUGUGCGUGCGUGUGUGUGUGUGUUGUGUGUCUCUGGUGUGUGUGUGUGUGUGUGUUGUGGUCAGAUGUUUGCUGACGCUGCAGUAUUGAGACGCAGUGGGUGUGGAGCUGCGUCCUCAUAAAACAGCUGGUGUAGAAUCCGAGAUCUCGUCUUCCUCCUGCACACGAGGCUUUGAUUAAAUCUUGUGUUUGAUGUUUGUACGGAGAUGUGAAAGCGUUUCUGAGACUCCUGCUGCAGUAUUUCUGUCUCACACUGUUUCUGCACAACAUUGAGAAAACGUGAUGCUCACUUCUUCAUGUUUUAUGUUACAUGUUUACUUUUUGAGUGCCUUUGUGUGAUGUGUUUUGAGAUUUAACCUGAUUGUAAAUUUCAAACAUGAUCAAACAUUUCAAUUGUGAGACUGGAUUUCAUUGCAUUCAAUCACAUUAUAUCUUGAAAUUGAGUUUUUAGAAGCAGACCGUGUGACCCAGAGGAAUCUCAGUUUGUUUAUAAGCAUAUUUUUAUGUCUGAUUUUAAUUUACAGCAGCAGCUUCUUGUUUUAAUUGAAUGAACAACUUGACAAAUAAAAUCAUUCAGCGCUGUAAUGUCUGUUUAAAUAACCGUCUUCAUCUUCAAAUAAAAUAUCAAAUAUUUUCACAUAUUACUGAAAUGCUCCAAAGGUUUUUUUUUGUGCCGUAGAUAACUUCUCAAAUUCAAAGUGCUGUCUUGACGAGAGGAGUUUAAGUGCUAUGUUUUGAUGUUUUUACUCUGGGUGCACAAAAUAUGAGCACUGAAUGAAUGGUUUGAGUUUUAAAGCUGAUCAAAGUACACAACCCAUGAC